AGCGCGUGCUAUUUCUUGUUUUGCGCUUGGAUCCACGGUCCGACAAGCGAGGCGGUGACGUCGUCGCCUACGUUCCGCCGCGACCGCUUCUCAUUUGGCGCGCGUCCACGUCACGUGACGCGCGGCUCCGUCAGACUCGAUCGAUCGAUCGCCUCAUCGAUGAGCGGGCUAGCGGCUCGCUGUUAGCCGAGCGAAGGGGGAAACGUUUGUCCCGGUCGCUCUCCUCUUUGUCGGCCCGGCCCGCCGGCAGACGCGAUGCGAGGCGUCCGCGCCUUCGAACCGCUGCUGGCCGCCCUGGCGGCCCUCGCGACGGCCGCCGCCGCUCAAGAGGAUGGAGCUCCGCCCUCGAGAAUAGCGGUGGUGGGCGCGGGCAUCGGGGGCAGCGCCACGGCGCGCUUCCUGCGCCAGCACUUCGGGCCCGACGUGCAGCUGGACGUGUACGAGAAGGGCGAGGUGGGCGGGCGCUUGGCCACAGUCACCGUCAACCGGAACCGUUACGAGUCGGGCGCCUCCAUCAUCCACGCGCUCAACCUGCACAUGCACGACUUCGUCAAGCAGCUCGGGCUGAAGCAGCGCCGCAGCGUGGCGGGCAAGACGGCGGUGUUUGACGGCGCGUCGGUGGUCGCGGAGGAGACGGACUGGUACCUGCUGGACCUCCUGCGCCUGUGGUGGCGCUACGGCAGCAGCUUCAUCCGCCUGCAGAUGUGGCUGGAGGAGAUCAUGGAGAAGUUCAUCAGGAUCUACAAGUACCAGGCCCACGGUUUCGCCUUCGGCUCGCUGGAGGAGCUGCUGGAGUCGCUGGGCGGGAGCGGCUUUGUCAACAUGACGCGCCGGCCUCUCUCGGAUUCGCUGCUGGAGCUGGGCGUGUCCCAGCGCUUCAUCGACGAGGUGGUGGCGCCCGUCAUCAGGCUCAACUACGGCCAGAACGUCAGCGUGCCCGCCUUCGUGGGCGCCGUGUCGCUGGCGAGCGCCCAGUCCAACCUGUGGGCGGUGGAAGGCGGCAACAAGUUGCUGUGCGAGGGCCUGCUCAAGUCGGCCAACGCCAACCUGCUGCGGGCGCGCGUCACCUCCGUGCGGACGCUCCGCUCGGGCGGGGCGCUUCGGUACGAGCUGGGCCUGGCGGGCGAGGGGCCGGAGCGGCGCACGGCGGCGUACGACGCGGUGGUGGUGGCGGCGCCGCUGCGGGCAGGCGCCGACAUCUCCUUCCCGGACUGGGCGUCGCCCGCCGUGCCCGGCGAGGGCGAGUGGCAGAGCACGGUGGUCACGCUGGUGCACGGCUACCUCAACACGUCGCUCUUCGGCUUCCGGGACCCGCGGCUCUUCCCGUACGCCGGCGUGCUGACCACGGCGGCGCCGGCGCUCUUCUUCAACAGCGUGGCCGGCGUUUAUCCCGUGGAGGUGCCGCCGGGCUUCCGCCGCAAGCGGGCGCACGAGGCCGCCGUCUACAAAGUCUUCUCGCCCGCCGUGCUCACCGGGGAGCAGCUCAAGACGCUCUUCAGGUCCUACUACUCGGCGCAGGCAACGGAGUGGCGGGCGUACCCUCGCUACGGCAGCGCGGCCGGCGCCACGCUGCCCCCCGUGGAGCUGGGCCCGCACCUCUACUACCUGAACGGUAUCGAGUGGGCGGGCAGCGCCAUGGAGAUGAGCGCCGUGGCCGCCAAGAACAUCGCCCUGCUGGCCUACCGCCGCUGGAACGGGCGCAGUCUCCGAGUCAACCGCGAGGACCUGCUGCGCGCCAUCAAGACUGAACUCUGACCUUCCGCCUCAACUUUUGAAUGACUCAAAUAACGUUUGAUGCAAGAAAAAAAUGCUUUCCUCAACCGUUGGACAACCGACCCAAACAUUUUAGACUCCCUUUGAAAGUUUGUGAUGCUAUAAGCCGGUUGAGGCGACACUCGAUGCCAACAGGAAGACAAGUCACGUGUUCUUUAAAAAACAUCAUCAUAAUAAUAAACUGCUCUGCGGGAUUGGAAUUCGCAUAUUUUUAAACGUCAUUCUUUCCACUCAUUUCUGCACUGUCCAUUUGACACGUUAUUUCCGGUUGUUUUUUGGGAGUGGGGGGCUGAUGAGUUGCAAAACGUGACAGGUUUGUUGACUGUUCGACAUGAACAAAAGCCAAAUGUAAAUGUUGAUUCAUUCUUUUCCAAAUGGUGUUCUCGGCGUCAAACGUACAGGUCGAAAUGAAAGAUUUGAAUAAAAAUGGUGUUGAAUGGAACAGAAGCUGGA